AUGGCUACUUCAGAAAUCGCAGCAGUAACCCCAAACUAUAACGCAUUGCGCCAGAGAGUGUACGAGCAGGGAAACGGAAACAGGGUAGCUUCAAAUGCCCAACCACUAAGCACACCAAGUGCGCACAGCGCGGCAAGCAUUUCGGAUCUCUCGAUCCAGCAAGAGGAGCCCAUUCGGUCUUCAUCGAACCAGCAUCUGACUUUACGCGAUGGAGCCUACCACCCGAUUGAUCGACCUGAUGACUACCCAGAACUGUACUUUCGUCCUCUCAUCAUUCGGGACUGGGCUCUUGUAGUUAUAUUUAUCUUCUUGGGUGGGUGUUUCGGCGGCCUCAUCACACUCUUCGUGUUGGACCGCAACUCACCAGAGCGGCUGUUCGCUCGAGCCCGUCGCAAUCACCUUGCAACCAAAUACCUGCCAACAGUUGUGGGUUCAAUAACAACAAUAUGGUGGAGAGCCGUCUCGCGUGCGUACUUGCGCAUUCUUCCAUACGUCAGGAUGGCUUCUGUGCCUGUGGAUUCCACUGGAAAUUCUCACGGUAAGGUGGCCGAUGUGACAGUGAGCACACUAGCACAAUACGACAACGACCCAUCGGCGAUUCCUGCCAUGAUAAAGGGAGGCCAUUACCUGACACUCUUCGUACACUUGACCACCCUCAUCACCUUGUUUCUCAUGACGCCGCUCAAGUCUGGUCUUCUUCAGAUAACGGAAAGCGAGACUGGUUGGGCAGUUGACGUCUCCGCUGGAGUAGCAGUGAUUCUUAUUUUCCUUUACCUUCUACUCAUUGUAUCCACGGUAGGGAUGUUUUUCAAACUUUACAAUCGACAGACUGGAUUGAAGUGGGAGCCUGCGGCACUUGCGUCCCAGAUUGCUCUGUUGCAGCAUAUCAACUGCCGGAAAGCCUUCGCAGGGUCCGAGUUCUUCAAUUUCCUACAAGCUCAAAGAGCGGCACGUGGAUGGUCUAAGAAGUUUGGCGUGCUGAGGCUGGGGUACUGGAGACAGGGCGAAACUGGCCCAAUAGUACAUGGAAUCCGAUUCAUCCCAACUGCACUCACGCCUGCUGAGAAUCGCCCCAGUGCUUCAAACUCCAGAAGUAAUGAUAGGGUCGAAGAUUUGGUGGAGACGGACUCUAAGACAAUACCUUAUCGAACUCACUUAAUGCAUCGAUCACCUAGGGGCUGUCAUGAGUCACCGUAUAGUGACCGAGAGGCCCCACGAGACGCAGAAGGCGACAUUGUUUGCUCGCCAGAAUAUGUUAGAUAUCGAUUUGUCAAUGUAUGGGGCUCUGAUUUCUUCCUCGGCUUCACAGCAAUCGCAGCCGCCAUCUGUAUCGUUGUGGCCAGCGUGCGAAUACACGAUCGAGGCAUACACAACCGCAUCGACAUCUCUUCAAUCGUUAUGGAACCUAAUAGCCUCGCGGGACGAUUCGCGAUAAGCGUCAUCUUCAGCGUUCUACCAGCACUGCUGUUCGUAUUCUUCAGUUCCAUAUUCUUCGUUGCGGACGUCCGAUACAGAACCACGCAAGGCCUGCAUGGAAUGCGAAAGCCACAAUUGGCCGAGCGUAACAUAUUCCUCGACUACAUUUCGCCAAACCCUUUUUCACUCAUUCCAUCCGCAGUCCUCAACGGUCACUACCGGGUAGCGUGGCACUCAUUCCUAGCGCUCACUUCCAAUUUCUCAAUCCUAGUCGCUGGUCGGAUCUUCAAUAACUUCCAAUCCUUGGAUGGAACCUAUGGGAUGGUGAUCGCACCGACGAACUUCUUCGCCUCUUUCGCCAUCCUCUGCUUCUACUUGCUCUGUCUACCAUACGCGCGUCCGCCUGCUGCGUAUCGAACCCCACGACUCGAAUGGAUGUCGAUCCUCGACACCGCAGCCUACGUGUAUGACAGUCCAAUCCUGAAUUGCGAAGAGUUCGACGUCCAGGACAAGACCGACAAGGAACAGCAUCUGAACGCAAAGAUCCUGCUCGCGAAGCGCAAGUACUGCUUUGGGAUGUACCGUGGUUUAGACGGAAGGAGGCACAUGGGUGUCAGCCCAGUGGAGAUUAGAAAUGAUGCCGGGGAUAUGGAGAAUGUGGUUGACCGGUUCAAGGUCAAGUGGUCGCUGGAUUUGGUGUUUGCGCGCUGGGUCCGAUCGAGUAUUGUGUCGAGGGAAGAGAAAAGGGAUUGA